AUGGAGCCUCACUACGACUACAUCUGCAACGACUUGGCCUAUACACCACACCAGUACGGCAGCUUCAGCCUCCCUCAGUCACAUCCUCCUUCCUACCAUGACCAGUCCACCUACUCGCCGCCGUGCCACCAGUACCACCACCAGCAGCAGCUUCAUUUCGACGGCGGCGGUGGCACUGACUACCAUGAUUAUGAUGACAUGGACCAGCUUAGCGCCGUCAUGCAUCAAGCGUCCUCGUUCUCCGUCACCUCCGCUGCACCAACGACAAGAAACCCCGGAUGGGAGGAGCGGGAUCUCACGAACCGCCAGCGCCACGGCGAGCACAUGAUGCACCAUUCUGCGGCGACGGCAGUUGAGCCGAGCGGCGGCGGCGCCACGGAGGACCCGCUCAUCGGGGUGCGCAAGCGGCCGUGGGGCAAGUACGCGGCGGAGAUCCGGGACUCCACGCGCAAUGGUGCCCGCGUCUGGCUCGGAACCUUUGACACCCCGCAAGCCGCGGCGCUCGCGUACGACCAGGCCGCCUUCGCCCUGCGGGGCCCCGCCGCCGUGCUCAACUUCCCCGUCAACCGCGUGCAGCAGUCGCUCGAGGUGCUGGGGUUGGGCACCGCCUCCGCCGCCGCGGGGGACUCGCCUGCCCUAGCGCUCAAGCGCCGGCACUGCAUGAGGAAACGCAAACCCAAGAACAGCAAGACGAGCGCGCCUGCGGCGGCGAGGAAGCAGAGCCUGCCGGGUUUAGCUGCCGCGCCGGCUUCCUGCGUGCUGGAACUGGAGGACCUGGGAGCGGACUACCUCGAGGAGCUGCUCGGAUGUGCGAUCGGUGACGGGUAG